AUGCUAGUACACGAGCCCAAAGCGAGAAAGGUGACGGGCGAGCUUCCCGAGAAAUCGCAAUCUUUCCAAGCCUGGCGCCCUGCAGCAACACCACCCACCGUGCCUCGCACGGCGGCCGUCAUCCACCACACGCCCAAGAUCCUCGUUCUCGACCUGGACGAGACACUCAUCCAUUCGACGUCGCGAUCGCCAACCUGGACGGCGUUGCGCAAUCAGCACUCCAGCGUCCGCCCGCACAUGGUUGAGGUAGUGCUAGACGGCCGCUCGGUGAUUUACCACGUCUACAAACGACCUUACGUCGACGUGUUCCUGCGCAAGGUUGCCAGUUGGUACCACGUCGUCAUCUUUACCGCCUCUGUCCAAGAAUACGCAGACCCGGUCAUUGACUGGCUCGACCAAGGUCGAGGGCUCAUAGCCGGUCGUCUCUUCCGCGACGCAUGCACCUACAAGAAUGGCUCCUACCUCAAGAACCUGAGUAUCGUCGACGGGGAUCUAUCGAGGGUUUGUUUGGUGGACAACUCGCCCGCAAGCUACCACCUGAAUCCGUCGAAUGGGAUUCCGGUGGAGGGCUGGACGCACGAUGCUGCUGAUGAGGGGUUGCUUGAUUUGUUGCCUGUGCUGGACUCGUUGAGGUUCGCGCAGGAUGUGAGGCAUGUGCUGGGACUGAGGAUUACCGAGUCGCAGCAGGCGGGGGCCGCGAAGUGA